GUUCCUCUUACAUGUAAAAAGCCAGACAACAACCAGUUCAUACACACAUUUAUUCUCGUUCUUUCACAACCACAACUUUCGUUUUCAGCGAAUCCUCGGAACCUUCACAGAUUUUUCAUUGCCCUCGAAUACCAAAUAUAGUUUCAACAUGUUGAAGGGAUUGGGUAAAUUAAGCAAGAAGGCUUCAUCUGCCACUCUUUCUGCUGCCACAGAAGAGUCUCCGCGGUCUACUACUCCCACUCCACAGAACCCAGAUGGGAAACCCAGCUUCAGAUCUGGUGUACUUACCAUUCGUGUGCUUGGUGCAGAGGGCCUUGCCUUACCUGGCGGAACCGCUGUGCCAUCAGCUGUACAAUCUGCCUUGUCUACACAACAAGCCAAAGUCGCCGCGUCCAUCUCGCCAUCCAGUGUCGCUCAGCGCAGGCUGGCCAAGAAACAUGGCGCUAAAGACAGUAUACAACGAAGCCAAUGCUGGUGGUUGCCCUACCUCGUCAUGGAAUUCGAGGUCAACCAGGUCAUGAUCACGCCAUUGGGAGGCGACCUCGAGCAACCUCUGUACAUGUACCAAGCUCAAUUUGACGUUUCUCGUAAUUCCGAAAUCUCCAUUCAGUGUUAUCUUCGUGCAGAGGAACCUAAACGUGGCGGUGACGGCUUCGCGGACGAUAUGGGUAACGAUCUUUUCAUGGGAGGCAUUAAGUUCACUCCUGACUUCGAUGACCUUGGCACCCAUAUCAACGAUCAAUGGUAUAACUUGGGUGGUGGAAAUGGUAAAAUCCAAAUCGGCGUGGCCUAUCAACCGAGUAGCGGGCAAUCAUUCACUAUAGACGACUUUGAACUUAUCACGGUCAUCGGAAAAGGUAGUUUUGGCAAGGUCAUGCAGGUCAGAAAGCGUGACACCACUCGUAUAUAUGCCUUGAAGACAAUCAGAAAAGCGCAUAUCGUUGAUAGGAAUGAAAUUACUCACACUUUGGCGGAGCGUCUCGUUUUGGCGCGAAUAAAUAAUCCUUUUAUUGUCCCCCUGAAGUUCAGUUUUCAGUCUGAGCAAAAGCUUUACUUGGUUCUUGCGUUUGUCAAUGGAGGAGAGCUGUUCCACCACUUACAACGAGAACAGCGCUUUAACGAAGAGCGGGCACGGUUUUACAGCGCCGAGCUCCUUUUGGCUCUUGAACACCUUCACGAGUUGGAUGUUGUAUACCGUGAUCUUAAGCCGGAGAACAUAUUGCUUGACUACACCGGUCACAUAGCCCUGUGUGAUUUCGGCUUGUGUAAGCUCAACAUGAAGGAUUCAGACACUACAAAUACCUUUUGUGGAACUCCCGAGUAUCUUGCCCCGGAAAUUCUGACCGCUCAGGGAUACAACAAGUCUAUUGAUUGGUGGACAUUGGGCGUACUGUUGUACGAGAUGUUAUCGGGUCUUCCACCUUUCUAUGAUGAGGUAACGGACAAGAUGUAUCAAAAGAUUUUGCAAGACCCUCUUGUUUUCGGUUCAGAAAUCGGCUCAGAAGCGCGGAGCAUACUUACAGGUCUCCUUACUCGCGACCCAGCACGUAGGCUGGGCGUAAAUGGCGCUGAGGAGAUUAGGAGGCAUCCCUUCUUUGAGAAACACAUCGACUUCAAGAAGUUGCUACAGAAAAAGAUUCAGCCGCCCUUCAAGCCCAGUGUGUCUAGCCCAGUGGAUGUGUCGAAUUUCGAUACCGUCUUUACAGCCGAGGAAGCCAUUGAUAGCUACGUUGAUGGUUCGCACUUGUCACAGACUGUUCAAGAUCAAUUUGCAGGUUUCUCCUAUGACGGUUCUCACAUGCCUAUCAGUGCGUGAGAUGUCAAGCUUAAAGAUUUAAUUUCACCUUUGUUCUGGAUUAUAAUACCCCCACGAGGCUUCUUAGUGCGAAAUAUUAUUUGUUGGCUUUUUUGCUUGUAACGUUGGAUAUAUAGCUUUAUCACUUGCACUCUUUUCAGUAUCUCUACCCACGGCUUUCACGCUUGGAAUUAAUGUAUGUUCAUAUCAAUAGCAUGGUCACAAGUUCAUCACUUCUUUUAUGAGUGAUUUUGACGAUAAAUCACUCACAUGGUCAGAAAGCCAUGUACCUGACACUCACAAAUAUUCAACGGCUGCUGCUCUUGCACAGUUGUUGGUCAAAUCAACCACAUUCUGUGGUGAUGUAAGUGCAGCCAGCACAGUACAAGCUUCAUUGCACCCGUUCACAGCCUAUUUUCCCAGUCGUCGUUAAAUUCUUUUUUCCACAUCUCAAUCAUCUCCUCAAUUACUUCACUGCUGAUAUCUUUCCAUUCCUUUUCGCCCUUGCCUUGAUUCAGCUUACUGAUGGUGGUGAUCGCAAAACGAUCGCCGACCCAUACACCGUGGUGCGUAUCCCCACCAGUAUCGUCAUAGAACUCGCACACGGGGAUAUCACAGGGCAAACAGAUCCGAUGCACCAGGACAGACCCUAAAGUCAGAUUUCUUCCGACGAAAGGACCCUUGGAAGAUGACGGCGAAAACUCCUUGAGGUCUGAGAUUGAGCUCGCCCGAACAUACUCCCGCUUGGUUAGGUUGGCAAGAACCCAUGUCUCCUCCAAUGCGUAGACAGGCUUGUGCAAACGGCUCAAUAUCUCUCUCUCGCCACGUGUGGGGAAUGCCUCGAGGGAAAUGUGAUCAUCCCUGUUUCCCGCUGUGAACACCUCGUAGAUAUGCGGUAGGACGGGUGGUUCGCAGAAGUAGGUAGCAGCAAUGUUGUAGAGAUUGUGGUCUUCAAGAAGGUCAUCCUGGCCGGACUGACCAUCCAAACCUAGAUCCUGUAUUUCAGCUUCUGUAAGGAGGCCCUCUGGCAGACCCCCAUCCCAUGCACCGCUUCCAAUACAGAUGAUACGAUCUCCUACCCAGUGAGCCCGGAUAUUUACUUGAAGGGCAUGAAGCUGGGUCAAACUGAUGGAUAAAAGCAGUUUACAGGUGACGCCAAAUAGCAUCACAUCUAUGAUAUCGUUCAUUUCUGCGAAGACGAGACCGAGGAUUUCAUUGGGGAGACGCAAGAUUCCAGACUGUCUGGG